AGUACAACCUUGCGCGCCCUGAGGACAUGUCCGUGUUAUGGAUUACCAAUGCAUCGUCGUGUACACCGUCAUCAACAUUGCGCCACCAAAGCUCACGGCGCAAGCCUCAGAACUAUCAAAUGGCUGUAUCACUUGGUUCAAAAAUAAAAUCAAGAGGGCGGUAGCAGUAUAUUUACAGUCUUUAAAACUGACAUCUACAAGUGGAGUAAUUCAAGGCAACCUAGCUUGCACAUACUACAAACAGGGAUUUAUCGACUUAGCUAUAGAAACAUACCGACGUGCGAUAGAACUACAGCCUGAUUUUCCGGACGCCUACUGCAAUCUCGCUAAUGCACUCAAAGAAAAGGGUCUUGUGUCAGAAGCUGAGGAGUGCUAUAACAUGGCUCUACGUUUAUGUCCCUCACACGUUGAUACACUCAAUAACCUGGGCAAUGUUAAAAGGGAACAAGGACACAUUGAAGAAGCAACCAAAUUAUACAAAAGAGCGUUGGAAGUGUUCCCUAAUUUUGCAGCUACACAUAGUAAUUACGCUUCGCUUUUGCAACAACAAGGCAAACUUCACCAGGCGUUGACACAUUACAGACAAGCUAUAAAUAUUCAGCCAAAGUUUGCUGAUGCCUUUAGUAAUAUGGGAAAUACAUUGAGAGAAUUGCAAGAUAUUACUGGAGCAAUGCUAUGCUUUAAGAAAGCCAUAGAAAUAAAUCCAUGUUUUGCUGAUGCACACUGUAAUUUAGCCAGUAUAUAUAAAGACAUGGGAAAAAUUACAGAAGCAAUACAAUCAUACAAAAUAGCUUUAGACUUGAAAGGGGAUUUUCCUGAUGCUUAUUGUAAUUUAGCGCAUUGUUUACAGAUAAUAUGUGAUUGGAAUAAUUAUGAUGAGAGAAUGAAUAAAAUAAUUGCGAUUGUAGAAGAACAGUUGAAAAGUGAUAAAUUAUCUUCUGUGCAUCCACAUCAUUCCAUACUAUAUCCUUUGUCCAACAACGCAAGGAAAGAAAUAGCGAAAAGACAUGCUAACUUGUAUAUUGAAAAGAUAAACAUGUUUCAUAAAAUUAUAUUCAAGCAUUCAAAGUGUUUAAUUGGACGUUUACGUAUUGGUUAUGUUAGCAGUGAUUUUGGUAACCAUCCAACAUCACAUUUAAUGCAAUCUAUUCCAGGUUUACAUGAUAGGACCAAAGUAGAAAUUUUUUGCUACGCACUAAAUUCAAAUGACGGUACCACAUUCCGCAGUAAAAUAAUAAAUGAAAGUGAACAUUUUACUGAUUUAUCAAAAGUGACAAAUAAUUUAGAGGCUGCAGAAAUCAUAAGCAGAGAUGGAAUACAUAUUUUAGUUAAUAUGAAUGGCUACACGAAAGGAGCUAGAAAUGAAAUAUUUGCUUUGAAACCUGCCCCAAUUCAGGUUAUGUGGCUUGGAUAUCCAGGGACCAGUGGAGCAGAUUAUAUGGAUUAUUUUAUAACUGAUGAAACAUCUUCACCACUAACUACAUAUCCUGAUUUCACAGAAAAAUUUGCAUACAUGUCUGAAACCUAUUUUAUAGGUGAACCGAACAGUAUUUUGUGGUUGUUGAGUUUCCCUCCUGCAGGAAAGCCGCAUAUACACAAAUAUGCCCAGGAAUCAGGAUUAUCACCUGAGCGUAUAUUGUUUUCAACAAUUGCAUGCAAAGAAGAACAUGUACGUAGAGCACAGCUGGCUGAUGUUUGUUUGGAUACCCCACUUUGUAACGGUCAUACUACUGCGAUGGAUGUACUUUGGGCUGGAACACCAGUAGUAACAUUACCAGGGGAUACAUUGGCAUCAAGAGCUGCUGCAUCACAAUUGAAAACACUGAAUUGUACUGAGCUUAUAGCGAAAAAUGGACAUGAAUAUCAAGACAUAGCUGUCAAACUGGGAACUAACGCAAAAUAUCUCAGUUACAUCAAAGCUAAAGUUUCAAACGCUCGUUUGAGUAGUACAUUAUUUGACUGUGAUCAUUACGCUCGAGAAUUAGAAGAUCUUUACUAUAAAAUGUGGAGUCGAUACGAAAACGGCGAAGACAACGACCACAUUAAAGUAUCUUAAAACAUGAAUGGCAAUAAAACAAGGAUUCGUUGUAAAUAAAUAUCGCUGUCAGAAAGAAAAUCGACAUGUGAUUUUAUACAUAAAAAAGUUUAGCUGUCCGUCCAGACGAUGCCCUCAAGAGGAACAUUGCACAAUUUAAGUCAUCCAGCUGACAUUGUAAAAGUUUCCAAACGAUACCAACAACCGUCCAUAAAUCUAUUGAACUUUAAAGCUGAAAGCAGGAACAAGAAUAUUCGUCGAUAUUUGCGAGUUUUACAUACACACAGACACACCCAGCCGCCGCGUUCUCAUUAGCAUACUCUAAAGGUUGUAGCACAUACAAUUCGGCAUUGUAUCGAUUAUGAUUACCGUUAGCUGAUCACGUGCUAUCCGCGUGUCGGCGCGGCUAAGUGCAAGCUCAUAUUGGUACUGAGCGAGUUGCAAAUACUUGAAGUCUAAGAGAUCCUGAUAAGAAUGUGCCAGUUUUCUAAAGUUCGAAGAAGGUACUAUUGUGGGGUCUGCGCAGUACAUUGUUUUUUUUUGUCUAUUUAAGAACAAACUCCUUUCUAAUUUUAACUAUUUUGAAACUCUUGUCAUACAUAGUCCCAUUCUACAUUUUUCAACUCAUAUCGUCACCAGGUAUUCCAGCACCUGAUCUCGGCUCUGGGUACCGAGUGACGUAAAUUCUUAGUAUUUCAACGUACUGAAAUACCAAGUUUUAGAAAACACUUGCAUAUAUUUGUUAUUUGUCUAUUUGCUAUGGGGUGUGUGCUACUUCCCGUUGGCAGGCUGUAAGCAUACUUGAAGCGUGCCGCCCACUUCCAAACAACUUGAAAUUAACAGCUCGCCAUUGGCUUUUUUAAACUGACAUUAUAAAAAGUUUUAUAUGACAUAAGUUUUAAAAUUUUUAAUUAAAAAUUCUUACCAGUCCCAUGUAUCCCGAGAUUUAAUUAAAAAUUGAUCAAAUACAAUUAAACGAUUUAAUUGUUAAAUAGUGACAAAUUAAUCCCGAGGAUGGAGCAGAGUAAAUGACUGUAAUGUGGUUUGUCGUUGGAUGUUUGAAGUUAAACUGUUUCAUGCGUCCACACUAGAAACUCAAUUGUCGGAUUGGUAACCAAAGUCACGUCUAUUUCAUGUAAAAUAUUUUGCAGCUCAUAAAUUCUUACACAGGAUAUAAAAAUUUCCUAUAAAAUAUUGUAUUAUCAAAGGUAAUAAUACAAAAUUAAGAACGCCAUUUUUACUACGAAAUAACUAUCUUUAUCACUAAAAUGCCAUUUGGAUCACUUGACUUUUAAGCUAUCCAUUAAAUUUUUAUAGCUGCGUAGAUCAUUUAAAAAAAGCUAGUGUAUACAAAACUAUAUAUGUGAAAUGUUACGAUAAUGCGUGUUUGUUGUUGAUAAGUAAACUCUAAUAAUUCCUUCGUAAGUAGUAAAACAGAUUUUUACGAUCGAUUUCAUUGUUUAAUCUAAGAAUAUUAAAUUGUUAAUAGUAAUUGAAGAGAGAGAAAUGUUUGAAUGUUUAUUCGUUGUUAUUCAUUGUUCUUAUUGAAUAUAGUUAGUGUUAUAUUUAAUAAGAAAUCGCAUGUCUAUUUCAUGUCAAAUUUUUAAGGUAUAAAUGGAAUGUAAUUUUAUCGUUGGUUGAUCUAUAUAAUUAAAGUUGGAGUCUAAUAAAGUUUUGUAAACACUUUGUAAUAAAUAAAUAGAAUUAUUUGUCUUU